AGUCGAGAAGUCGAUGUUUUCGUAAACAGUCGAGAGUGUUAUGGCCGCAAUUUGGCUUAUAGGACAGAAAGCAAAAUAUGGUAGUUAGGAUGGCUGAUCACGCAUUUUGGAUUUUUCUGUUUUUCUUAACUUUAUUUGAAGUGUUGCCCCAUACGAAAAUGGCAGUGCAAGGGAAUAGCCAUGCCUUUAUUCACGCCAAUAGUGAUGUUAGAUAUCUUGUUGAUGGUAUUCCUGUUCCAGUUCACAAGGAACUUGUGGGAGCAUCAAGUGUUAGAGUUCCUGUUUUGGAUGAAAACCCUAUUUACAAUUCUAAACAACAUUUAAAGUUUGAUCCACCAUUAUUAGACUUCAAAGAGAGACAUUUAGGAAUGCCACAUCAUGAAAAAGUCACUCUUUUUAAUGUGAAUAACAACAAAACAAUUCACAUGUCAUCCAUAUCAGGGAAUACAGUACAUUUCCAUAGUUCUUUCUUUGAAGAUAAGAUUAUACCACCUCUUGGAAAUACUUCUUUUAAUGUUGUUUUCCUUGGACGAGAAGAAGGUGAAAUUGAAAGUAAUUUAUUUAUUCAUACUUCGGAAGGAAGCUUUAAGUAUCAUGUUAAAGGAGCAAGUGUUAGUAGUCCUUAUAGAUUAAGACCUUUAGUUGGUGUCCGUGUACCUUUGAAUGCAACAUAUGCUCCAUUGAUCAGCAUACACAACCCUCACAUGACACCCAUGCAGAUUGUUGAGGUGUACAGUAGUGGUGGAGAAUUUCAUUUGGAGCUGCCAUCAGGUGAGCUAGAAGGUCCCAAACAUUUAUGGGAAAUUCCUCCUUUCCAUACAAAACCUGUCAUCAGAAUACGUUUUGUGGCUAGAGCUGAAAAAAAUCACACGGCUUAUGUCAGAAUUAAAGUAAAUAAAAGUGAAGAAGUGUUGGUGGUUCCACUGGAAGUUGAAGUGUCAUCACAGCCUGGGCUGUAUUCUCAUGAGGACAUAAUUGAUUUUGGAAUUGGUGGAAGCCAUGACAGGCCAAGGAAAGUGAAAUUAGCUCUUUACAAUUCUCUUAAAAAAGUAAUUCGAAUUCAAAAUGUGAUUACUGCUCCAUUUUCAAAAGCUGUGAGAAUUGACUUUCAACCUCUCAAAGUUCCACCUGACUCCAGUUCAGCAACACAGAUUGCAACUCUGACAUUUGAUUGGCAUGCAGCAUUUGAAUCUAAACAAUUUAGUGGAAAAGUAAUUGUCAAAAGCAAACAGAAUCAAUACAAGCUUGUCAUUCCGUAUAUUGCUCAAGUUUUAGAAGGAGGCUUAGAAUAUAAUGCAUCUGUGACACAGUAUUGUUCAGAAGUGGCUCAUCAUGAUACAAGAAAUUUUACUGUACGAAAUUCUUUUAAAGUACCUUUAGCUCUCACAAAUGUUUCUCUUCAAAAGGAAGCAGAAGAAUAUUUUAAUAUCGAGAAAUUCAAUUCAGUUACACUUAAUCCUGGAGAUGCAGUUGUCUUAUUCCAGCUAUCUGUGAAGAAAGGAAACUUACCUUUAAAAUUAAUGUCUAAUUUAUUGAUAUAUUCCAAUGUAUCUACAGUGUGGGUGCCAUUGCUGUGCUAUAAUGGCCGAUUAUCUAAGGUCAUUGUGUCAGAAUUCAAUGAAACGGAACUGAAUUUUGGAACAGUUGGUAGUGCUAGUCAAAGAGAAGCACAUUUUCAAUUAUUCAACUAUAAUCCGGUGCCAAUCAAUAUUGAAGAUUGGGGUACAAAUUUUACUGGAGCUGUGGUAGAACUUCUUGGGGUGGCAGAAGGAAAUGAAUCUACUGUUGAGAGUCACCAAAAUUUCAGCAAUAUGAACAUGAGUACUGUGUUGGAGCCCAACUGGUAUGCUGUUCUCAAAGUAAUGGUUACUGCUCCAGAUAUAGAAGAAGAGCUGAACGGUGAUGUGUAUAUAAAAACUAGGUAUGAAACCAUCAGGAUACCUGUUCGAAUGAGGGUUGCUCAUGGUAGAUUAGAGGUCUUGCCUGAUCCUCUAAUUCUGGAUAAUUGCUUUCCUGGAAAACUCUGUAAACAAACUCUACAAGUUCGUUCUUUGUUCAGUCGAGCUAUGACUGUAACAUCAAUUACUAGUGUUCCACAUGAUCCUCGUGUCAGUUAUUGGUUAGCCAACACUAGCUCUGAAGUAAUUCCCUUGGCAACAAGUACAAUUGGAGAGGUGAUGUUUGAUCCUGCAUCAAGUUGUGGUAAUCAUUGUUAUCUGGGUGUCGACACAAACUCAACAGCUGGCAGUCAGUGGUUGCAGUUACUGGAGCUUCCACCCCAUGUUCAUGAUAUUGAUCUCUCCUUACUCUCGGCACGAUACACAAGCUAUGUGCGCCUGGCCGGGGAUAAGGGCUUUCCUGUGUGGCAGAACAUAAGUCUUCAAUUGCACACAACUGAAGUGCGAAGACACAUGUUUUGGGCCAAAGUUAUGAUGACAUGGCCAUUGCUUACACUGAAUGUAGCACUCUCACCAGGCAAUACCAGUGUUUUGACUUUUCCCCUCACACAGAUUGGCAACACAACUUACAAAGACUUGGUGAUUCACAAUCCUUCUUCCAAGCCCUUGACGUUGCAACUGGUGAUGGACUGGGCUUAUCCGGUGGCAGAACGCCUUCUCCAUGAUCUGCCUGAUGGAUUGACAAGAUGCCAUGAGUGUCACAAUUCUCCUUCUCGGGAAUUUACUUUAGAAGAAGGGUCAUUAGUGGGCUCGUAUAUUGAAAAGCUAUUGGGAGUGCUACCCCAUACAAAUAGUUUGGCCCUGGUGUUGCAACCUGGAGAAGUAGCUACAACCCGUCUAGGAUUUUCUCCUCAUAAGACAGGCUUGAGUUCAGCUGUUUUAUUAAUUAGGAAUAAUUUAACAAUUCUUGAAAUUGUAAGAUUGUCUGGAAGAGCUGCUCAUGCACAAUUCAAAUUUGGAAAUCGAAAACCUGGUUCUGAAGCCCCUUUAAUGUUUGAACUUGCAGAAAAGCACUUGAAGGAUUGUGAAAGAGAGAAAAAUAGAAAAUUUCCUGUGCCAAAUUUAACAGUUAAAAGAUCAUUCACAGCAAGAAACACUGGUGAUCUGAAUAUAUUCGUUAGUGGUUUUAAUAUCAAUGGCUUACCAUGUGAGGGGUAUGGUUUUCGUGUUUUAAAUUGUGUGCCGUUUCAACUCCCUCCAAAUGGAACCAGAAAAAUUGAUAUAGCUUUCACGCCAGAUUUCACAUUAGCUCGUAUUCAACGGUCACUCUCUAUAGAAACCAGUUUAGGGAUCAGUGUAAAUUAUUCCCUUAUUACAACAUUGCCACCAUACUUCCUAGCUUCUUGUUCUAGUGUACUGGGGCGACCAAGUUGGGAACCUCUUCUAUAUUACUCUGCCAUCAGUUUCAUGACUUUUAUUUUGUUCUGUGUCCUGGCUGCAGCAUUUUUAGAAUCGGAUCGAAUACUUAAAUGUGCUUUUGUGGCUGUUGCAAAAGACAAGGCUCUCAGAGCUGCAUCAGAAACAAAAACCUCUCCUAAUUUUCAAAAAAAUUGUGAUAUGAAAAUAAAUUGUGUUAAAACAGAAGUGUUGCCGGAUUCUACUGGGAAUGAUACUGUAUCUCAUCAUAAUGAGAAACGACAUCGUGACUGUAGUAAUAUAAAAAAUGUUCAAAACAAUAUAUGUCCUAAAAAUUGUUGGAGUAACUUCGAAGAACGAAGUGUGGUUGAAACAGAAAGUAAAGAGAAACCUGCAGUAAUCAAAUUUGAUGAUACUGAAGCAGGGUAUUCUAGCAACUCAACUCCUUUAAUGUCUGUAAAAAAUAAAAAGAAAUUAUCAAAGAAGAACAGUGGCAAUAGUGAACACACUACACCAACAGAUUCAAUUCAAGAAAAUCAUUCAAAGAAAGGGUGGAGUUGCUUUUUAUCUAGAACCACCUCAUCUCAGCAAAAUAAAACCAAAGUAGGUGUAAUUGAUAAUAAAGCAACCAGUAAAAAUACUCAAGAAAUAGAAAUCUCUAAUAAAAAGGUACUGGAAAAUCCCAAGGAAAAUAAGAGAGCAAAUCAAAGUCAUAAAAAGUGUGUGAGAACAGUCUCUGAACCUGUCAUUUGUUCUGAAGAAGAAACAUCAUCCACAACAACAGAAAGCUCUAAUAAUGAUGAAAUAGAAAAGGAGCGAGAGAAUUUGAACUCUAAUAGAGAAAACAAAGCAGCUUUAAAGAAAGACAAAGAAAAGGAAAUGGACUAUAAGGACAAUUAUGAAGGAGAUUGUGAUGAUGAUGAAUAUGAGCAAGAAGGACAGAAAAAGAAAGAUUAUGGUAACCAUUGGAAACCUAAUACAAAAUCUUCAUGUAACAAAACAAUGUCUGAGACACCAGUCAAAGUUACCAAUAGUGAGGUUUCCAAAUCUGCUAGCUUAGAACUACCUUACAAGUUGAAAACAUCGAAACCUGUUAGUCGAGAACGUAAGGAGAAAAAUGUACUUAAAAAACGAACUUCCGAGAAGAAUGGAACGUUAAAGACUUCUGGGCCUGUCAGUGGUUCAGGAAAUAGCAGUAGUAGCAGCAGCAGUGCCAGUAGUACAGUUCGUGUCUCUCCACCUUUACGUACUUCUGGAAGUUGCUGGGGUGAACACAGAGCAUCAUUUAGUGAUGUUGUGGCUCGUAGUGACUCUACUCUCUACUCUAGCAUUGUUGCUCCUCGAAAACGGCAACAACCAUCAUCUCCCACUUCCCUUCCCACAGUUUUCUCUGAAAACAACACACGAAUAAAGUCUUCAGAAGUGAUUCCUACGCCUGUGUCAUCUAGUAGUGGAUUGGGACCUAUUGGUUCCAAGAAACCUUCAUCUUCAACGUGGGAUUUGUCUGAAUCCCAACAAUCAUUACCCCCAUUUCUUCAGCAGCCUCAAGAACAAUCCAGUCUCUUUGUUGACGCUUUAACUGAGCCAACUCCAGUUGACAUGGAAGAAGAGCAGUCCAGUGCCCUUCCAUAUGGUGGAGAUGCCAUGUGGGAACAGGGCAAUUCAAUUGUACCUCUCUUGGAGGAGGAUAAUAGAAAAACUUCUGUUGAAUUUAGACGUCAAGAUCUUUUUCGAGAAAACUGGCCAGGUGUUGAUUCUUUGUGGGAGCCAUUGUAUACUCCUGCAGUGGACAACAGUCAACUCUUUACUCCCAAUUUGAGAAAUGAGGAUAUUCGAGGCACUGGGUCAGUUUGGGGAUCUCUAAUUGGCUCUGUGUGGUCAUCAUCCACUUGGUCCAAUGGACCGGGACCUGUUGCCCCACCCCUGAGUUCUGGUCAAACUCCUAUUCUUUCCGGCAGUGGCUCAUCUUCUACCUCCACAUCUGUUCCAACAACGACUCGAGAGGAUGGAAAUGGUCCUGAAGAGAACACUUCUGAAAUUGAUCAAGGACUCGGAUUUGAUCCGUUUCGCUCUCUGAACACCAUUUGGUUCCCAUCAUCUCCUGACUCGUGGAAUCCAGCAGGAAGUAAAUGAAACUUGCUUCUCAACCUCUCUGCUACAUUUGGAAACUAAAAGUCGCCUUUGUUUACUUCUCCCUUCUUUCCGAUUUAGAUCACUCAGAACACUUUCUUAGGAAUAAUAGCAGUGUGCAUAAUAUAAGUCAUGAUCUUUCAGAUGUUUUUUGCAAAUUUGUUGGAAGCUGAUAUGUAGCAAAUCUGAAUGAAAAACAGUAUAGCAAUUACAAGCCAGAACAAUGUUAAUUACAUACAUUUGAGCGACACAGAUAAUAUGUUGCCUUGUUUGAUAUAGGGAUUGUCUUGCAGUCAAAGUGUAGCUGUGAGAAAAUGAUAUCUUGCAAAAGUAUUCUGGUUAUUUGUAAUAUUAUUGGUAUUCAUAGCAAAGUUGUAUUGAAAGUGAACAUUGGGGACAAAUUUACCGCUAUGCAAAUAUUUGCUUUUCAAUCCACCGCUACAUUAAAAUACCUCUCAAACACAAAAUUUAACAUUCCUUUUAAUCUAUGACACUAUUUAUUGCAGACUGGUUUAGACUAGUCAUGAUGCAUAGUCCUUGGGCACAAACUUAAUUUCUGUAUUAUAAUGAUAAAAUAUUUUUUCUGGUAAAUUUGUCCCUUAAAACAGCCCUCCUUGAUGCCAAUGAAAUGGAUUUGUCACAAAAAAACUACAACAAAAAACAAAACAAAAAAAACUUGCUUUCCUUCCCUCUAUCCAGACUUAAACAAAGUAAUCAGUGAAGACAAUUUGGAAAAUAGCCAGGCAUUCACACUCAUCAUUCACCAUAUUCCAAAGAGAAUGGAAAAGCAACACUAAGUGGUUGUGCAUUAUCUGACUUAUAAUUUAUUUUUUUAAUUUAAUUUUAUAACAUGAAUGUCUUAUACCUUGUGAUUUAAAUGAUUUUUGAUAACUAUUUUAUGUUGUGUUCAGUAUAUUUCUUACAACCAAAGAUUGUACAAAUUGAUUUGUUUUAUGAACUUUGACUGCUUAUUAAAAUACCCUUUUGACUGGCACUUGGUGAUUAUAGAACCAGUAAUGUGACCACGAGGGAAAAUUGAAACAAUAAAGCAAAGUUUGUAUACUCAUCUUCCUUCUGUUUUACAUAAACUUUAUCCUGUUGAUUUGUAUGUUUCUC